CAUAGGAUUGUAAACGCGGUGAAGUGUGCUCAGCGUUGCAAAGCCGUAUAUCAAGUAUAGUGUAAAGUUGAAAACGAUGUGUUAACAAUAACAUACAUUAACGCUGUGCUAUAGUUGUUUUGGUUAACAGUAAAACCUUCGAAAACAUGGAUAUAAGGUCGUUAAUGGUGUUAAUUUUCACUCUUGCGAUCGCAUCAUCCGAAUCAGGUUUCUUCUGGCACGUUACUGAUUUUCACUAUGACUUCACCUACCACGACCGACAGCUGUCGUGUAACCCAAAUGCUAAGCCCACAAAUCCCGGGCAGUAUGGGGACUUUUGGUGCGACUCUCCAUGGAAGCUUGUGAACAGUUCUGUGCAGGCCAUGGCGAAGCUUAAACCAAACGCAGAUUUUAUCCUAUGGACGGGAGACACAAUAGUCCAUGCUAGCGAUAAAGAACUAAACUACGAAAUCAACGCUGAAGUCCUUACAAACAUAACCGAUUUGUUGAAGAGCGUUCUACCCGGUGUGAAAGUCUACGCAUCCUUUGGUAACCAUGACUACUGGCCUAACAACCAGUUUCCACCUGCUAACAACAGACUGUAUAACGACACUCUCGACAGGUGGGAGUCAUGGAUAAAUGAUUCAUCACAGCACAACAAUUUCAGAAAAGGAGCGUAUUACACUGUGAAGACGCCACAUGGUUUGCGGAUCAUCGCCCUGAACACUAACCUGUACUACACCUCCAACAAGGUCACUGUAAACGUCUCCGAUCCAGCUGACCAGCUCCAAUGGCUGAACGCUACCUUGGCACACGCCAAGACCAACAACGAACCGGUUCUCAUCACUGCUCACAUUCCUCCCGGGGUUCACACUCCAAGCAUCCUUAUAUGGAUGCACGAGAUGUUCCACAUACCAUUUGUUGACAUCCUCCAGACACACGCUGACGUCAUAGUAGGCAUGUUUUUUGGACAUGACCAUUCGGAUGGAUUCAAAGUUUUACCUAAUAAAUCGGGGAAGCUUACGUCACCGAUUUUUAUUGCCCCAUCUGUGACGCCAUGGCGUUAUAGAAUUCCCAACAAGAUCGGUCCGGCCCACAACCCUGGCAUCCGGCUAGUAGAGUACGACAAGGCCACUGGACGGCCGCUUGACAUCACUCAGUACUAUCUUGAUCUGCAAAAAGCCAACAAGAACGCCCAUGACCAUUGGGAAGUCGAAUAUGAAGCAAAGAAAGCAUACGAAAUACCAGAUUUGACCGCAGCCACACUGGCGAACCUUGCUACGAGGAUAAAGGACCCUGGAAGCUCAGCGUUUAAGAAUUUCUGGAGAUUCUUUACCGUUAGUCCACCGGCAGAGUUGUUGGAAUCAUGCUUGAAUGAUUGCCACAGCGCUGUAUACUGUGGACUUACAAACUUUGAUAUGGACAGUUUUAGGGGUUGCCAAAACAAGAUGAUAUCAGGAGCGUCCCGACUGAUCUCUCACGAAUGGAUGAUGGUCACGUUGUUAGCCUCUGCGUUCAUUCUAUAUGUCAAUAUGUAGUUAAACGUGGUAUAUAAAUGACAAUUGUUUGUGUCCGCAAUGAAAAAGUUUAGGAACAUACACAUGACAUUUUUUACAAACAAUAUUAGCCGCUUGUUCAUGCGGUACAUUUUAUGAACACAAUAAUUACAGUCAUACUCACAAUAAUAAACACAUGUGUUGGGGAUGUA